AUGGCUGACUGCUACCCAGAUGGGCGCCUGCGGCCCGCGACCCCAGGCACCCGGAGAAACGGAAACCACCAGCUCUCCACGUCCCUGUUCCCGGUGUUUGCUCUGAUUGGAGGCCUCCGAGGGGGCUUGAAAAGAAUGGAGAAGGACCUCCCUUCCCUGCCCCUGCAGCCAACCCCGGGAACCCAGAAGGUCCAGGGAGGGCCUGCACCCUCUCUGUUCUCCUUGCCCUGGACCCUGGCAGCAGCAGGCACAUGUGGACAGCUGCCUAACACUGGAGGACAAAACCAAGCAGUGGAGGGACCAGGAGGCAGGAUCACUGUCUCAAGGAAUUUCAGAGGGAGCCUGGAAUCGUGUGCAUCUCGCUGUCAUGAGCAAUUUGACCGGGACGCUGUCUGCCAGUGUGAUCACCGCUGUCCUGAGCAUGGGGACUGCUGUGAUGACUAUGAGCACCUGUGCGCAGCUGAAGAGGACCCCACGGAGCCAGAGCCAUUUCCGGAAGUGAAGGAAGAGGCCCCGGACAGUAACUUGUACUCGGCUCCCAGCUCCUGCCAGGGCCGCUGCCGCGAAGCCUUCAACAGGCACCACGCCUGCCACUGCAAUGACCGCUGCCAAAAAUUUGGGAACUGCUGCGAGGAUUUUGAGAGCCUGUGUGGCGACCACGGGGGCUUCUCCCACAGCAGCGAUGCCAUAACCAAAGAAGAGCUUCAGAGCAUCUCUGAGAAGAUCUACAGCGUGGACACCAACAAAGCCCAGAAGGAGGACAUCAUUCUCAACCGGCAAAAUUGCAUCACUCCAUCAGAGACAGGAGACCAAGUGGACCGCUGCCCAAAUUUGCUCUUCACCUAUGUCAAUGAGAAGCUGUUCUCCAAGCCCACCUAUGUGGCCUUCAUCAAUCUGCUCAACAACUACCAGCGGGCCACAGGGCACGGGGAGCACUUCACUGCUCAGCAGCUGGCUGAGCAGGACGUCUUCCUCAGAGAGAUCAUGAAGACAGCAGUCAUGAAGGAACUCUAUGGCUUCCUGCAUCACCAGAACCGCUACAGCUCUGAGCAGGAGUUCAUUGAUGACUUGAAGAACAUGUGGUUUGGACUCUAUUCAAGAGGCAAUGAAGAGGGGGACUCGAGUGGCUUUGAACAUGUCUUCUCAGGUGAAGUCAAAAAGGGCAAGGUCACCGGCUUCCAUAACUGGAUCCGCUUCUACCUGCAGGAGAAGGAGGGCCUGGUUGACUACUACAGUCAUGUCUACGAUGGGCCUUGGGAGUCCUAUCCUGACGUGCUGGGAAUGCAGUUCAACUGGGACGGCUAUUAUAAGGAAGUGGGCUCUGCCUUCAUCGGCAGCAGCCCCGAGUUUGAGUUUGCUCUCUACUCCCUAUGCUUCAUCGCUAGGCCCGGCAAAGUGUGCCAGUUAAGCCUGGGUGGCUAUCCCUUGUCCAUCCAGACCUACACCUGGGACAAGACUACCUAUGGAAACGGCAAGAAGUACAUUGCCACGGCCUAUGUUGCGACUUCCACCCAAUAGAGCUUUGAGCCAGAGCGGGGCACAAGGGCAGUGAGGGCUCUUGCAGGACGGAGGUGCUACAUGCUCUGGUCUUGAGAGGGAAGUGUGGAGACUGAGAGGGAAUCCCCAAUUCUCAAUCAAGGGAAGGGUUUCCCAAGGCCAAAAAUGUCCACAUAAAAAUUAGGAAAAUGAAGAGAAACAGUCCAACUUUUGUCUUCCGGUAUUUUAGCAACAUAGACUGAGAAACAGAGUUCAGAUGGAAGUUGGGAGCCUUCAGUAGCUG